GAUGAUGUCACAGCCCUAAUUACUUACCAACAUCGAUCUUGACAAAAAUUCUGAAUUGCCAAAUCGUGUCCUAGGGUUCCUUAAUUUUCUUUCCCCGGCGAUGACUCCCACACCGAUCAUUGAAUUAACGGCAGACCGUGGCUCCAUGAUGAGUUCAUCGGUCACGGAGGAGGUUAUCUCUAAAGUCGACGAGGAUAGCAGCAGCGACAGCGAUAUGGAUGACGGCAGCGACAGCGAGUGGGCUGGGUAUAACGUGUUAGCGGAAACUGAACCAGAGUGGGACGUCGACAGCUUUGAUGGUCACGAAUUUAAAAUCAAUCCCAGGGUUCGUAAGAUGUACGGACGUCACCAGCAACAUUAUGACGAAUACUACAAUGACAGGCUCGAGGCUUUCAAGAGUAAGGGUUUUCUUCCUGAUACCUUGAACGGAAUCGACGAUGUUGAUCUAGACGGUAAAAUGGAUGGCUACAACAGUACUAGGGAUUUCAUGGCAGAGCUUGCUAAUGUGUGUGUUAAGAAACACAACGAGACCAAGGGAACGACUUUAGAGUUGGUAAAUGUUGCGAGAGUUACUGCAAGGGGAGCAGCUACAUGGAGGUUGUACAUCACUUUUAUGGCUCGAGAGUUUUCUGAUGGGCCUCUUGUUGAGUACCAAGCCAAGGUAAUAGUCUUCUUAGGGGAUGAGGAACGUCCUGUCCCAGUUCUCUGCAGGCCAAGUCCUAAACCAGGAACCGAAAUCUAUAUUAAUUUAAAGACUGUAUGUAUCGUUGACGCUAGGGAAGGGGAUUUUUCAGGGAUUUAUACCAGAUUACGCAAACGGAAUCUACAAUUUUGGUAGUCUCGAAGCACCCAUCGGGUAAAAACAGGACUACUAGAGAUGAGUUAGUUGACACAUAUAUCUGGCUUCCUUGUGCGUUAGGAAACUCCACGAGGACAAGUGAACAUAUAUACUUACAGGCAUUAUCAUCUCAGCCAACUUCAUUUCUCCGGUUUAAGUUCAUCCUCUCUUUUUAUCCAACAGCUCGGUUUAAGUAUUUUUAAUUUUUCUUAAAUUUGGUAGUUGAUGUAAAAGCCAAUUUGUUGGUUUGGUAGUUGGUACGAUCAUCAG